AAUUUACCGUUUAAAUGUAAACAUAUAUUGAUAAGACAUACUUAAACACUUUCAAUAAAAACCUGGUAGCGUGUAGUGUUCAUUUACUGAAAGUAUGUUAGCAAUUUACAAAGUCAACAAAACUUGAUAAGAGUGUGCUUUAUUGCGCAAACAUACGCUAAAAUGCAUUUGAUCCUUUUUGCGCGAUAAACGAUUAAUUCGGUAUUAAACCUGUCCGGAUGACACGCUUCCCGGGUAUUUGGUAUCAGUUCGCGAAAUAAUAUGUGGAGUUUACGCAGCAUGCCGGAUUUUUUAAUGGAAUUUCAGAGGAAUCCCGAUAGAAAUUGUUCUUUGACUAGAAUGAGAGACAUCAAAUACUAAACACCAUCAUGUCUGCCACACCAGCCACAAUGACCAGUUCCAUAUCUCUGACGUCAUUAAACGCAGACGCUGUCCCAAGAUGCAGCACUCACCGGAAACGCUUAAAGUUCUUCUGCAGCAAGCACGAGCUCUUGCUCUGCUCCGUGUGCGCUGUCAAACGUCACAGAAGCUGCGAAGAGGUUCUGACUAUCACCGAAGCAUGUGAAGAUAAAAAACGCGAAGGUAAUAAACUGUUAGAUAUUUACAAUCAGAAAAUUGCAGUGGUUGAAAAUGCUAUUGUCGAAAGAAAAGCGGCAAAGAAGUUACUGGAUACAAAUGCGCAAGAAAUUCAAACAGAAAUUCAUGAAAUAACUGAAAAAUUAAUUGAUCUUGUAAGAAACGAAGAAAGGACAUUACUCGAAACAGUUAUAAGUAUGCAGGGACGAGAAUCAGAGACACUUGAAAAAGAUAUAACAGGACUGGAAGAUGCUUGUGGUGAAAUACGCCGUGCUCACAACGAUCUGGCACAAAGUCUAAAAUUCUCUGACGUCGAUCUGAUUCACGCUGUUAUAAAGGAAAAAAUAAAAUCUGAAGACGAAGUGGGGAUUGAAACUGUUGUUAAGAAGCGGUUCAAAGAAAUUGAUUUUAAGUUUGUAGUUUCUCCACACAUAUCUUCAUUUUUAAAACAUUUCAAAAAUCUGGGUCAGGUGAUGAUGUCAGAGGAUAGUGGGAAUCAUGUCCGUGUACCAAGGUCAAACAUGUCAACACCUGUGAACGAGCUUCCAUCGCCAAUCCCGCGCUAUCAUAAUGACAAUACCCAAGAGGUAAGACAACAACAAUCACCGGAGGACUCGCAUAUAUCUGCACGAGAAAAAUGGAUUCGAGACAGACAAAGACAGAUGCAAAUGCAGACACACAACCGUGGGGACAGUACUUCAAGCAACAAUAGCGUAUUUCUACCGGAACAAUCUCCACCAGUUACACAAACGAGAAGAAAUCAACCAAUGCGGGCACUGCCCAUGCCAAGAUCAGAGACUCCGGAUGUUUACGGCAGACCUGGUAACCAAGGAUCAAGGCGUGAAUUCGUUCCUCGCCCGAUGUCGACGCCACCAGUCGAAACGCCAGCAUAUGGACAAAGUCCAAAAUCAAGAGACGUAAAUAGAUUUAAUUCAUCAAACAGGUAUCGAUCUGCAAGACCAGAACCAGUUUACGUCCCGGAGAGGAGAUCGCCAGUUCCAAUCAGAGUUCCACCGCAAGGGCAACAAAAUGAAAUUAUAGUUACAAACGGUAGGCAAGAUAUUCAUCAUGUUGAACCGGUCCAUGUAUUUCAGCGCCGGACAACUUCCGAUCCUCAGUCCCCGCAUGCAGACCGCCCACCCUCGCCAUGGUCAAAUCGUAACCAUUCCCCACCACACGCCCAUUCCCCACCACAGGCCCAUACGCCGCCAACUCAACAAGCAUCAUAUUCGGUUGUGACCGUUAAAGAUGGUGACACGUCUUUUGGGCGUUCAUUCGCGGCAGUCCAAAUCAACGAUCCAAGGGUUUCUCCAAGUCAUGAACCUUCAAGUCCACAUGUGUAUCAGAGUAAAGCCACGAUUAAUAUUACAACGCCAAGAAAUAGGGACAAGUCCCCUCCUAACAAUGGUGUGAGUGCUGUAUUCUCAGUAUAUCCAAAUACUAACCGCCACAUGGUUGUUCCAAAAACUAACGAAUACUCCCCAAGACUCGAUGAAAGUCGAGGAUUUUCUCCUAGUGGGAGCAUGAUGAACAGCUUGGCGACGGAUGAGGAGAAGGUCUCGCGGUGGGUUCAUCAGACGUCUUUUACGUCAAACGGAAUCGGAUCAAAGCGGCUUAUCUCCGGUAUUGGUAUGCUAUAUGAUGGUCGGGUCGUGCUAGUUGACCAGGAACAUUAUACUGUUCAACUGUAUGACAAUAAUUACCGAUUUUUGUCUGAAUUAAAACUAGAUUCAAGACCAUUUGACGUAGCUGUGAUUAGUGAAAAUAAAAUUGUAGUGAGUUUGCAGAGUGACCGUGUGUUGAAGUUUGUUUUGAUCACUGGUGCGGGUUUGACUGCGGUAGCAGAUUUAGGUGUACCGUGUGAAAUGGUGUGCUAUGGUGUGUGCCGGGGUGGCGGUAAUUACUGUGUCUGCUGCGGUGAUGAAGUGUGGAUUAUUUCAGAUGAAGGUCGUGUUAUAAAUAGGUUAAAGACGGAUAAAUCUGGCAACUCCCUAUUUGUACAAGCAGAGUACGUGUCUAUAGACAGUACGGGAAAUAUCCUAUUCAUUUCCGAUGCCGGAAGCAAUAAAGUUCUUGCCAUUCAAGUUGAUGGAAGAAGACUAUGGGAGUUUACGUACCAGGGAUUCAAACCCUCUUGUCUUAAAUGUGUAGAUAUGUACAUAUAUGUUUGUGACCGAGACCAGCAUCGUGUUUUGAUGCUAAAUAUGGAGGGUAAAGUGGUGAAACAGUCUAUUAUAGGGAGGCUGGAAAACCCGAGGGCUUUGUGUUUCCACAAUGCUGCCACUCAUUUGAUUGUUACCCAGAUGCGAUAUGACGCUAUUGUUAGUCCACCACGCCCCAUACAUGUGUACUCAUUACAAUAGUGAGUCCAGUCUCUUCCCUCCGGUUUUCUUCCAUUGGUUUAAAGAAAAAUUAUCAUGAAAAAUCGCACAAAUUCAGAUCAUUUUAUACGUGUUCCGGAAUAAAUCGGUAUUUAGCUUUUGUUUAAUUUGAAACAAGUCAAAUUUACUUGUUAUUUUUAAUUCUUUUUUUAUAAUACAGACUUUUAUAGAAAGACUUAUUUGAAUGAAUAAUUAUCAUGUUUCAAUUUCUGAUGCCAGGAAAUAUCAAAUAAUAGUGAGAGUUUGACUGUUUUAUGGUUAGGGUUACAGAUUAAUUGCUCAAAUUUUCUAAGGAACUGUGUUAAGAACAUUUUCCAGUUACAAAACAGACACUCGCCCACAGAGAUGGGAAAUUUAAUAGACUAUCUGGACAAAACAGGACAAUUUAUAUAAAUUAAAAUAGAUUUAUAUAAAUUGUCCUGUUUUGUUAAACAUUAGCACUUGCAAAUUACGCACACACAGAAAUAAAACAGAAUAACCUAUGAAACUUGACAAAAAAAUCGAGCGUUUAAGUUUGAUAAAAUAUUUCAUUAUCUAUCUAUAGCAGACAUUUGAGUUUGUAUUGUAUAUUCAAAAUUGAUUAUCCUUGUUUUAAAGCUGGUUGCAGGGCGAUAAGACAGAAACAAACAGAAUAUUCAUUUUCAUUACAAUAAAAGACGUCUGCAUUAAACGAGUAUUUGUCCUUAAAGUAAUCUGCCUACUAGGAACGGAACUAUUCAAGAUAACUAUUUAAAAAGAUGAUAGUGACAUUUUAUUAUUAUUAAUCUUUAUUCUUUAACGAAGUCUGCUACAACUUCCACUCUUUAAAAUUUUACGGAAAGUUGUCGUCUGCUAUAUUUCUUAUGUCGACUGUUGUCGUCUGCUAUAUUUCUUAUGUCGACUGUUGUCGUCUGCUAUAUUUCUUAUGUCGACUGUUGUCGUCUGCUAUAUUUCUUGUGUCGACUGUUGUCGUCUGCUAUAUUUCUUAUGUCGACUGUUGUCGUCUGCUAUAUUUCUUAUGCCAACAGUCGUCGUCUGCUAUAUUUCUUAUGUCGACUGUUGUCGUCUGCUAUAUUUCUUUUGUCGACUGUUGUCGUCUGCUAUAUUUCUUAUGUCGACUGUUGUCGUCUGCUAUAUUUCUUAUGUCGACUGUUGUCGUCUGCUAUAUUUCUUAUGCCAACAGUCAUCGUCUGCUAUAUUUCUUAUGUCGAAACUUCGUUUACCGACAGUUUAGGCUUCUACCAUGAUUAUACUGCAAGGUAACAUCAUGUUACCUGGUUACUUUCUUAUUAAUAGAUAAAUAAAUAAAUAUCAUUUUAUGUCUUCGUCGAGUUUAAACAACCAGUAUUUUUUCAAAAAAAUAUGCUAGUAAGUGGUCACUUUUAAAAUUUGACAAUUAAAUGAAAUGUCACUUACAAACUUUCAUAACCUUCUUCACUAUUGUAGACAACAUUUUGGUGUUUAAGGUUACACUUUUAUGAAUUUUAAUGUAUUUAGCAUAAGAUAAUAUAUUUCGUAUAGUAGACACACGUUUAACAUUGUCAGGUGUAAUUGCUAUUGUUUAUGUAUUAAAAAUAUCUUAAAAAACAAUACAUGUGAAAUAUGAUACAAUACAUGUUUGACAGGUUAUUAUCUUUUACAAUAAAGCAUAUUAUUGAAAUUCUUUAUAGAUCGCCCACAACCCAGUAACUUAAGUACAUAGUUUUCUUUAGUUGCCUUUUUUUAUUAUUUCAAGUAGGAGUAUUAUUAAACUAUCACAAUGAUAUGAUUGUAACUUUUGUCUCUUUUUUUAUCAAUAAAUCCUCAGUUUCUAUGUAAUAACUUUAUAUUACCUUUCUCCAGCGAAAGAGGUUUCAUUGAUUGCAAUGAGCCUCCCAUAAGAUCAAAUAAUAAUUUAGUAUUUAUUUUAAUGCACGAGAUUUUGUGUUCAAGGAGGACAAAACAUUGUACUCCUUUUUUAUUCGUAUCACAUGCACGAAGUGCACGAGUUCUUUGAUUGGUUUGUUUGCUAUUCUGUUUUCAAUUUACAUUUUAAAUGAUAUUCCGCAAAAUUGCCAAAACAUUUUUUUACUGGAGUGUAUUUUUUAACUCACUAUUGAUGUUAACUGCACGUGAAAUGUUGAUCUCGCAUUUUCUCGAGAUAUACGAGAACUUCGUUCCGUUGACAUGUUAGUUGUUUUAUUUAUAUGUUUAACUGGUGUUUAUUUGUUGUUUAUGUAAAAUAGUGCUGAGUGUAUUUCUUUAAUUGUUUCACACUUUUUUGUUGACAUGAUAAAUCCAUCGUUGGGACUCACGGGUACUGACUUAUAAAGUGUAUACGUUACGAGUACGAAUGGGUACCGAGGAUGGAUAAAAUAUUUUCUCAUCCACGUUGUUGUCGUCAUAAAUGCAUUAUGGGUGUAUAAUUUGAAGUGAGACUUACAUUAAAGGUUUAAGGGACAUUUUUCACAUAAAAAUAUUGUGCAAUUUACACGUGAUGUUUGUACAUUAUGUAUAUUUGUGAUGAAUAAACGGAAUAUUUUA